CAUACCAGACCACCCCCCCUAUUUCUCUGAUUUGGUUUGUUCCAAAUAUUCUCUAUCAGGAAGUGAAGGGCGGUGGUUGAGAAAAGGAGCAGCACAGGGCUAACUGACAAGUCUCGGGUUGUUGUCAGAUCUAAAACAGUCAAGAUGUCGAGCAAAAGAGCGAAGGCAAAGGGGACGAAGAAGCGCCCUCAGCGCGCUACUUCCAAUGUCUUCGCCAUGUUUGACCAGUCUCAGAUCCAGGAGUUCAAGGAGGCUUUCAACAUGAUUGAUCAGAACCGUGAUGGCUUCGUAGACAAAGAGGAUCUUCAUGACAUGCUGGCCUCACUGGGAAAAAAUCCAACUGAUGAGUACCUGGAGGCCAUGAUGAUGGAAGCUCCUGGGCCCAUUAACUUCACCAUGUUCCUCACCAUGUUUGGAGAGAAGCUGAACGGAACAGACCCUGAGGAUGUGAUCCGGAAUGCAUUUGCUUGCUUUGACGAGGAGGGGACAGGUUUUAUCCAGGAUGAUUACCUCAGAGAGCUGCUCACAACAAUGGGUGACCGGUUUACAGAUGAGGAGGUGGACGAGCUCUUCAGGGAGGCCCCCAUUGACAAGAAGAGCAACUUCAACUAUGUGGAGUUCACACGCAUCCUAAAGCACGGUGCCAAGGAAAAAGACGAUUAAAGAUCCGUACCAGCGUGUUCCUCUCCACCUUCUUUGCCUCCUCCGUCAGCUAGAUCACCGUGCUGCAUGUCCCAACUCUCCAGUUUAAACCCCAUUUUAAACAAACCAAAGCAAUAACUAUCCACUCCUGUUUGUUGUGAACUUCCAGUCCUGCCAAAUGUACACAUCUCUAAUGAGGGGGAAAAAUGUAAUCGGUUGUAAAAUGUUUUUCUGUCAUAUAAAGAUGUGAAGAUGUAACGUGGCAACACUUGGGAAGCUCUAAGGGAUAAGUCUUUGCAAUUCAUGUCAUCGGGUUAGCUGAAUUUUUACAUUUUAUAAUAUAAACUUUUUAAAUAAAGCCCUCUAUCAAGUUGUAUUUCGCUGACUUUUUCCCUUUCCAUAAAUGACAACUGAAAUAA